AAUAAAUAGAAGAAGCAGCGACAAAACUGCUGUUAUACUGCUGAUGUCACAUUAGCUGAUGUGUACAUUGAGAUACGGAAAAAAGUAUUCAGCAAUGCUUUGGUUUGAGGGAUCGAUUCCUGAGGCCAUAAACGCCGCUAAACAACGCAGUUUGGUCUUUGUCGUUGUCAUCGCAGGGAAGGAUGAACAGUCUAAACAGUUGAUGUCCAGCUGGGAAGAUGACUGUGUCUCAGAGGAAGCCCAGAACUGCUGUGUGGCCAUUAAAGUUGAUGCCAAGAGUGACACCUGUGUCCAGUUUUCACAGAUCUAUCCCGUAGUAUGCAUUCCCUCUAGCUUUUUCAUUGGAGUGAGUGGAAUUCCUCUGGAGGUCAUUGCUGGAAGUGUGUCCCCUGAUGAACUGAUGAAAAGAAUCAACAAAGUAAAAAAGAUGCACAGUGAAGGAAUAGGAGGUACUGCUGCAACAGAAGUACAGGAUUUUAUGGAGACCAGCCCACCUGACAAUACAGCUACAGAGCCUACCUUCAUUCCAGAAGUGUCUGUUGGUUUGGAAAUGGUGAACGAUGAACUUGGUGAAGCAGCAGCUGCAACAAAAGAAUCCCUUUCAAGUUCAGUGGAUGAAGACGGUGUUUUAAGUGCAAAGCCUUCUAUGGAGAAUUCACCUUUAUGUCAGGCUACUUGUUCUGAAAGUGAAAACCUUGAUUCCAAGGUUGAAAGAUUGUCCAAGAAACUGGAAGAGAGACACGAGCAAAGGAAAAACGAACAAAAGGAAAAUGACAUCAGAAACGAAAUUGAGCGCAGGAAGAUGGGGAAGAAAAGUCAAGAAUUUAAGAGAAAACAGGAUAAACAGAAAACCAAACAACUCUUGGAAGAAAGGAACAGAGAAAAGGCAGAAGAGAAGGCUGCCAGAGAACGUGUUAAGCAGCAGAUUGCCAUGGACCGAGCAGAAAGAGCUGCCAGUUAUGCCAAGAUGUGUCAGGAUGAGAAGGUUGCCAAGCAGAACCUUCUACAGGCUAAACAGGCAGACCAGGAAGCAAGGAAGGAGGCGCUACUCAGAGAGAGGAGCACUAUUUCAAGGAUACAGUUUCGACUUCCCAAUGGUUCAUCCUUUACCAACCAGUUUCCAUCGCAGACCAGACUGCAGGAGGCUUGGAACUUUGCUUUUGAGGAAAUUGGGAAUCUGUAUGGUAACUUCUCAUUAGCCACCAUGUAUCCUCGGCGAGAGUUCACUAGUGAAGACCUAAACAAGACUCUGCUGGAGCUGGAAUUGGUUCCAAGUGCUUCCAUUGUUCUCCUACCAUCUCGAAGGCCUGCCAACACAGUGACCCAGUCCUCUGGACUUGGCAUUUGGGUAGUUCUGGGUACACUCCUCUACCCCCUGCUUGCUGUAUGGAGGUUUCUCAGCUCCUUUCUCUUUGCUGUGCCUCAUUCAGCAUCGGCAUCCAGAGGCCAUGCAGAGCAUAACAGCCCUGACACCAGCUUAAACUCCUCAAGUCAAGCUAAGAGAGAAAUUCCCUCCAAGCAAAAUCUGGAGGUCCGUCCUAAAGAUUUCAAGAAAGAAGGUAAAAUCUGCAGACUUCGGACAGAAGAGGACAACGAUGAUGAAGAUAACAAUACCUGGAAUGGGAACUCCACCCAACAAAUGUAGUUCACUGGGUGGCAUCAAGCUGCUGCUGCUGCUGCUCUUCCCUUACCUCUGCCCUGGCUUUAAAUUUUGAUUUAUUUCCUCUUUUUUUUCUUGCUCUUCUUUCUUCAUUUUCAGUACUUAUGGCCCUGCACUUUGACUGCAUGUAAACCUAAAAAUUGUAAAUUUAGUCCUAUUUGAGCUUAAGGUGAGUAAAAAAAGUCAGAAAUAUAAAAUGGUUUAAUAGUACAUAUCUUGAUUGUGUGAGGCCAGUCAUUUUGCUACCAUUUCAUUGUUUUACCGUCAUCACUGAUUUGGUCAAUAUAAUAAACAAAUAUUUUCACCAGUCAUUGGUUACUUAACUGUCUGGCACCAAAUUCUUUAAAAGACCAAAUUUGCAGUCCUAAAAGCCCAUGAGCCUGGAUGUACAAUAUGUCACUGGAAGUGGAGACCUCCUUUACCUUUGGUUGUCACCUUAGACAAUAAUGAAACCAUUAUUCAUUUGGCUAUAACAAAUCAAAAAUGUAUCAGCUAGCUGCUGAAAGAGGCUUGGUUUGGUAUGACCGUAUGUCUUAAUUAUCUAAAAUAUGAAAAGUUGUAGUUUUUCCUCAUUUAAAAAUAAAACAUUUUAAGACCAAA